AUGUAAAUCUCAAUGCGUGCAGUAGUUAUGGAAGGUCCAGGUUAAAAACCUGUUGUCAAAGAAAUUCCAAUUCCUACUCCUUAAUCAGGCUAAGUUUUGAUCAAGGUAGACUCUGCUCCAAUCAAUCCAUCAGAUAUUUCCUUUUUGCAUGGGGCUUAUUCAAGCAAUAAAUAAUUUCCUUGUGUUCCUGGAUUUGAAGGUUCUGGGACAGUAAUUGCUAAUGGCGGAGGAAUCAUCGGAUGGAGAUUGGUAGGAAAAAGAGUGGCUUUCUAUUCACAAUCUUAAUUUGGAACAUUUGGAGAAUAUAGUGUUGCAGAUGCCUUGGGUUGUUUAGAAUUAGAAAAUGAUAUUACAUUAUAAGAGGCUUGUUGUUCAUUUGUUAAUCCUUUGACAGUGAUCUCAAUGCUAGAAGUGGCAAAAGAGCAUAAAACUUAAGCUGUUGUUCAUACAGCAGCUGCCUCUUAAUUAGGCAGAAUGAUGGUUCGACACUUUUAAGCGAAUGGUGUUAGAGUUAUUAAUAUUGUCAGAAGAGAUGCUUAAGUAGAAAUGUUGAAGAAGGAAGGAGCAGAUAUAAUAUUAAAUUCAUCCGAUUCUGAUUUCUUGGAAAAGUUGAAAAAUGUUCUUUAAACUUUACGAGCAACUGUUUUCUUUGAUGCUGUAGGAGGAGAAUAAAGUGGUAAAAUUCUUGAAGUCAUGCCUAGUCAUUCAACUUGUUAUGUCUAUGGAGGACUAAGUCUGAAACCUGUUGGAAAUGUCUCAAUUAUGGAUUUGAUAUUUAAAGAUAAAAAAGUUGUUGGGUUUUGGUUGACAUAAUAUGUGAAGAGCAAAAACAUUAUUAGUUAAGCUCUAUUGUUGAAUUAAUUAAAGGGAUUGAUAAAAACCAAUCUUAAAACUAUUGUGGCUAAAACAGUUGAUGUAUCUGAAUUCAAAGAGGGCUUAGACUUUUAUAAGAAAAACAUGAGUGAAGGAAAGGUAUUAAUUAGAUUCGAUUAAAAAUAAUAAUAAGAAUAAUAAUAAUAAUAAGAAUAAUAAUAAUAAUAAUAAUAAUAAUUACAGUAAUAAUGA